AUGUCGUCCCUUGAGCUCUCCAGCCUCGUCCAGGCCCUGCAGGAGAUCGACGAGGGGGAGAAGAUCUCGGAGCUGCUAGAGAGCGCAGAGAACGCGCGGUCCUCCAGGAAUCUGGAAGAUGCUUCCAAGCUGAUCAAGCAAGCGCUGGAUCAGUCCCUCGAGUUCUUCCCCGGAGGCUCUAAGGACCAACUUCUCGUCCAGCUCGACGGCACGCAAGAGAAGAUCGAAGCGCUCCUUGACUCCGACGUGACGCUUGAGAGCGCUCUGGACAUCCUCGUCAUGAGAUCGCAGCUGCUGCUGAUGAGCGCGGAGCUCAACAUGGACAGCGGGAGCUUCGCCGCGGCCAUGUCGGAGCUGGACGAGGCUCAGAGCAUCUCGGAGAAGCUUUCAGAUGAAGUGGCGGCAGCCCGAUGCAUCCGAACGCGCGGGAUGCUGCUGUUGAUGAGGAGGGAGAUUCAUGCUGCGGAGGAGGCGCUGCUCAGGGCAGUUGCGCUCUGCAAGAGUGCCGGGGACAUGCAGGAGGAGGUUGAGACCCUGAAGCUGCUCCUGCGACUCCACAGAGAUCGCCCCAAGAUGUUCGACAGGUGCUGCGAGCUCUACCAUCAGAUGCUGGAGGCGCUCCAGGCAGCUGGGAACAUGCUGGAAGUGAACAAGACGCUGCUAGAGCUCGGGCAGUUCCGUUUGAAGAAGCAUCUCGCCGAUACGGAGGGAGGGAGCGAGCUCGAGUUUGCGGAGUUGGAGAUGACCGACCUCGACCUGCAAGGAGCCCUGAGCUUCUUCGAGGGCGAGGAGAGCGACAAUGAAGAUUGCUUGGCAGAGGCCUUGAUUGCGACAGGGACUGUCAAGAUGCUGCUGGGGGAUCAGGCCGCCUCGAUUGACGCAUUAGAGCGAGCGAGAGCUCUGUACGAGCGGCAAGGGGACGAGGACGGAGAGCGAAGGGCGUCAGAUCUUCUUCAUCAAGUCCGGAAGAUCAUGGACAAGGUUGACUCCACCUCCGUCACUCCAGUGAGCUGA